AUGGAGAACUUGAAAAUGACAACUUCAAUGAGACACACUUUCACGCUUAAGUACAAGGAACCUAAGUUGGACAGUCUGAAGGAUUUGAUCUCUGAUUUGACUCUCAGCAGACGUGGUGAGUUCGAAAAAAACUAUGGGAAAAUUUUGAGCCUUCUAACUAAGAAAGUUGACUAUGGAAUUAUCGGCUCUUUGGCACAAUAUUAUGAUCCACCUCUACGCUGUUUCACAUUCGUUGAUUUCCAGCUAGCUCCUACUUUGGAAGAAGUUAAGAGAAUCGUGGGUCUUAAAUUGAAAGAUUUUAAUCCGUUUCCAAAGCUCGAAGAAGAUAUGGGCCCAAAGAAGAUAGCUUUAGCCCUAAGUAUCAAUGUCCCGACCGUUCGAGACAAUUGGGUUGAAAAAGGGGGUUGCGAAGGUUUUGCCGCGAUGUUUUUGGAAGGUUUAGCUCUAAAGUUCAAGAAAAGUGGAAAUUGGAAUGCAUUCUAUGUUGUGUUGGCUUUAUUGAUCCAUGGGAUUGUGCUCUUCCCAAAUGUUGAAAAAUUUGUGGAUCAAGUAGCCAUAGAAGUCUUUCUCUCUGGAAAUCCAGUACCGUUUCUCCUAGCUGACAUUUACCAUGCCCUUCACGCUCGACAUGAAAAGAGGGGUGGAACUUUGUUGUGUUGUGCUCCUUUGCUUUACACUUGGUUCAUGCAACACAUGCCCGAAGAAGGUCUUUUUGUGGCAAAAGAACUUAAGUGUCCUAAAAAAUUAGCUUCUCUCACCGCAAGUUCCAUCAGAUGGUAUAUCCGAGAGUGGGAAACCCCGGACAUUAUAGUCAGCUGUGGGGAAUUUUCUAAUGUACCGUUGUUGGGUACCAAGGGUUGCAUCAAUUAUAACCCUAUGCUAUCUCGAAUGCAACACGGUUACUCCAUGGAUGGUCCUCCUGACGCAAAGGACUUACAGCCGUUUGAAAGAGUUGAGGAAAUCCAUUUGCCAUUCAUCUUGAAGGCCUCAGCUUUUCCUAAAACUCCUGAGCCCGAGCCUAUACUCCCUGAGGACAUGGAGAAACUCGCUACUAAGGUUAAGGAGCUCGAAUUAGAGAAUACUGAAUUACGGAUUCAGAUGAACCGAGUUAUCUUGGAAAAUCAGAAUUUGAAAGAGGAACGUAAGGGAAAAGCCCAAGAACUUGAGGAUAGCAACAAGAGAGCCAGACUAUUAGAAGACCAAAAAGAUGAUCUUGAUCAUAUCCUUAUAGGUUCCACAUCAGUGAUCCAAACCAGGAAGGAAGAGCUCAAGAAAGCUGAGUAUAGGAUCUGUGAGUUAGGGAGAAUGUUGGAUAAAUCUCUUAUGGAUAAAAAAGAAAUUAAGCUCGACUUUGAGGCACAGAUCCGUGAAUUGAGGGACGCUCUGAAGAAAUGA